AUGAUGAGUUGCAGCAUUCUGACUAGAGCUUCAUUUAAAAAUGUUAAAAAUGUGAUUCCAUAUAUUAUUAGGGGAAUUUCAUCAACAUCAAACUCAAAACAGGUUCAAGCGAUAGAUACAAUUGAUAUACGACAUGAUCUUAAACAUCGCGUAAAGGAAAAAAUAUCAACAAUCGACAAAGAAAGACCUUUUAGCAAUUUCCUAACAGAUCGAUUUGAUCGACAACAUACUUAUCUUCGCAUAUCGAUAACAGAACGAUGUAAUUUGAGGUGUACUUAUUGUAUGCCAGCCGAAGGUAUCGACUUAACUCCUUAUCAUAAGUUAUUAUCAACUGAGGAGAUCAUUAGAAUUGCGCAACUAUUCGUUUCUCAAGGUGUCAAUAAGAUUAGGUUAACUGGAGGUGAACCAACUAUAAGAAAGGAUAUUGUUGAAUUAAUUGGCGAAUUAAGUAAAUUGAAACCACAAGGCCUACAAACUAUUGCUAUGACAUCAAAUGGUAUUGCGUUGAAACGCAAAUUACCAAAAUUAGUUGAAAAUGGACUGAAUUUACUGAAUAUAAGCCUCGAUACUUUGAACCCGUAUAAAUUCGAAUUGAUCUCAAGACGUAAAGGUCUCGAGAAAGUGUUGGAGACGAUUGAACAAGGAAUUGCAUUAGGACUUCGUCCUUUAAAAAUCAAUUGUGUAGUAAUGCGUGGUGUGAAUGAUCAAGAAGUGCCGGAUUUUAUCGAAUUGACACGUAAUAAACCUAUUGAAGUGAGAUUUAUCGAAUAUAUGCCUUUUGAUGGAAAUAAAUGGAAUAAAAAUAAGCUUGUUUCGUAUAGGGAAUUGUUAAAUGAUAUUAGAACAAGAUAUAAUGACGUUCGAAAGUUAUCGGAUGAUUUACAUAAUACUUCAAAGACGUAUUACAUACCAGGUUUUACUGGACAAUUUGGUUUUAUAACUUCAAUGUCUGAUCAUUUUUGUGGAACAUGCAAUAGACUUAGAAUUACCGCCGAUGGUAAUUUAAAAGUCUGUCUAUUUGGCAAUGCUGAAGUCAAUUUACGUGAUUUAUUGCGCGAAAAUGUUCCCGACCAUCAAUUGUUAGAUAUUAUAGGUGCAGCUGUUAAAAAUAAAAGGAAGCAACAUGCAGAUUUAUUAAUAGAUAAUAAUAAUAAUUACAUGACGUUAGCUUCAUCAGCGAAGAAUACCUUUUUAUAUAAUAAGGUUGUAUCCAACAACAUGUCAUUAUUUAAUCAUUCUAAAUCACAUUUUCCACGUUCCUUCCGCAACUUUCUCCCUUCUUUUUAUCAUCAAAAUAUUAUAAACCAAUCACUCCUUUCCCUUCGUUCAUCAUAUUCUACUAAACCUAUUCCACAAAAUUCGCAAUUAUCUUUAUUCAAUAAUAUCGAUUUAAAUUCUAAAUCAAAACAUGAUUCACCUUCUUUCACUCAUAUUGAUCCUGAUAGUGGACGUGCUUCAAUGGUUAAUAUUUCAACAAAACAUUCAACUUAUCGUACAGCAACAGCAUUUGGAAAAGUUCAUAUUGGGCGACAAGCAUUUGAACUUGUUCGUACCAAUACAAUGAAAAAAGGAGAUGUUCUGACUACAGCACAAAUUGCUGGUAUAAUGGCAGCAAAACAAACAGGAAAUAUUAUACCAUUAUGCCAUCCUAUUUUGUUAUCACAUGUUAGUGUAGAUUUAGAGUUAGAUGAGAAAGAUAAUUAUUCUGUAAAAAUCAUUUCAAAAGUUGAAUGUGAAGGUAAGACAGGUGUUGAAAUGGAGGCUCUUACAGCCGUUAGUGUAACAGCGUUGACAAUUUUUGAUAUGUGUAAAUCUGUGGGAAAGGGAAUGAUAAUUGGAGAUUUGAAAGUUAUGGAAAAAACUGGUGGAAAAAGUGGAAUUUGGAGAUUUCCACAAAAUCAGAGUGAUAAUGAUGAUAAUGGUAAUAAUAAUAAUUUAUAA